AUGAGAGACUAUAAUAUAAGUGUUAUUAGAAGAAUUUGAGCACAUAGAAAAGUUAAUUGGUGAAUGGUGGUAAUGAUGAUGAAGAAAAUGGAGCCACGCCUUCUAGCAAUAAUGUUUAUGGCGUCUCUUUUUUUUCCAUCGUUUGUUCACUCAUUGGUUCGUCAUUACAAGUUUAGUGUGGUGUUGAAGAACACAACAAAGCUUUGCUCAACAAAAUCAUUUGUGACAGUCAAUGGACAAUUCCCGGGGCCAACUAUCCAUGCAAGGGAGGAUGACACUGUCAUUGUAAGGGUCACAAAUCAUGUUCCCUACAAUGUUACACUCCACUGGCAUGGAAUCAAACAGUUUCGAAGUGGUUGGUAUGAUGGACCAGCAUAUGUAACACAAUGUCCAAUUCAGCCAGGGCAGAGCUAUAUUUACAACUUUACCAUCACAGAUCAAAGAGGAACACUUUGGUGGCAUGCACAUAUCACUUGGCUAAGGGCUACAGUGCAUGGUGCUAUUGUCAUUUUGCCUAAAAGGGGCAUUCCCUAUCCAUUUCCUAAACCUGACGAUGAAAAGAUAAUUGUUUUAGGUGAAUGGUGGAAGUCGGAUGUCGAAGCAGUGGUUGAUGAGGCCACAAAAUCCGGUGGGCCACCAAACAUAUCAGAUGCACACACCAUCAAUGGCCAUCCAGGACCAGUUGCCGGUUGCAUUUUCCAGGGAUAUACUCUGCAUGUUGAAAGUGGCAAGUCCUAUCUACUCCGCAUAGUGAAUGCAGCUUUGAAUGAUGAACUGUUCUUCAAAAUUGCUGGCCAUAAAUUAACAGUGGUUGAAGCAGAUGCAUCCUAUGUUAAGCCCUUUGAGAUUGACACAAUAUUCUUGAGUCCAGGCCAAACCACCAAUGUCCUUUUAACCGCAAACCAACCUGUUGGAAAGUACUUAAUUGCAAUAACACCAUUCAUGGAUGCACCAAUUGGCUUCGACAACUUGACGGCGACGGCGACGCUUCGCUACAAAGGGACACCGCCAUACUCCAAAACAAUGUUAAGCACUAUUCCAGCUGUGAAUGCAACUGAAGUAACAUUCAGAUUCAUUGAUUCUCUAAGAAGCAUUAACACAAACACCUACCCUGCAAGAGUUCCAUUAACCAUAGACCAUGACCUUUUCUUUGCAAUAACCGUUGGGGUUAACCCUUGUGAUACAUGCCUUCAGGGGAUAAGGAUUGCAUCUGCAAUUAACAAUAUUACAUUUGUGAUGCCAACAACUUCACUCCUUGAAGCAAAUUACUAUAACAUCCCUGGUGUUUUCACUGAGGAUUUUCCACCAAGACCACCUAUGGUUUUUGAUUAUACUGGGGUUCAACCAACUAAUCUUCAGAGCAACAAUGGAACAAAAUUGUAUAGGGUGAAAUUCAAUUCAAGUGUUCAGCUUGUGCUACAAGGAACUGCAAUGAUAGCACCUGAGAACCAUCCCUUUCAUUUGCAUGGCUACAAUUUCUUUGUUGUUGCACAAGGGCUAGGGAACUUUGACCCGGAGAAGGAUCCCUUGACCUUUAAUCUUGUUGACCCUGUUGAGAGGAACACAAUUGGGGUACCAAAUGCUGGAUGGGCUGCAAUAAGAUUCAGGGCAGAUAAUCCAGGGGUUUGGUUCCUUCAUUGCCACUUGGAAGUACACACAACCUGGGGACUUAAGAUGGCAUUCGUGGUAGACAAUGGAGAAGGACCCAGCUUGUUUUAUUUGUGGCAGUUGGUUUCAACCUAA